UGAAAUAGCCAGUAUGUCUCACUUAUUACUUCAGUACCAGUGUUGAGAUGUGUCAGUAGUCGAGCAUCUAUUUGAUAAGUAGUUUAUUUUUGUCGCAAAUUUGCUUAACGACAGAGACAUGCACAUAUGCAAAAUUAAUUUAUUGUUACCAGUUUGGUUAUUGGUGCUGAGUUCCUGUAGAAGUAAUGAAGUGAAUGAGUUUAUUAGUUCGCCGACGACGGUUAAAGCUAGGGAAAAUAACACAGUAUUGUUACCUUGUUACUUGAAUACCUUGUCUAAUGAUGAUGCAUAUGCAAUAUCAGUUCGAUGGUACAAAAACGAAGAUCUCUUAGCAGACAGCGCCAAUGAAACGACACCUCUUCCAGAGCGGCAUGUCUUGUGGGAAAACGGUUCGCUGGAAAUAUCCAGAGUACAACCUGGUGAUACGGGUGAAUAUACGUGCGAAAUUGAAAGAACUGAACCUUGGGGCCCCGUCAAGCAAAAGCAUGCAAUCGAAGUACUGCACUCACCUUCGGUAGAACCGUUUCCGCCUACUGGAUUUUUACAAGUCAAACUAGGAGAGGAAGUGAGGAUGUCUUGCAGAGGAGGAGGAGUACCUUAUCCUAUUAUCACUUGGUCCAGCAAAGGAGAAGAACUGAAGCUAAUUGACAACCGAGAAGUUCUGAAAUUUACCGCGUCUGACCGACAGAUGGCAGGUACUUAUGAAUGCACAGCUGCAAAUGGCGUUGGUGAACCAGCUAAAGCUACUAUAGAUUUAAAUAUAAUCUAUCCUCCAGAGGUGAUGACGACUAGGUCCUGGAUACACACUGCUCCAGGGCACAGACUCCAGAUAGAUUGCAAAGUUUCUGCGGAUCCACAAGCGACAGUAACCUGGUUGAAAGGAGAGAUACCGGUACCGUUAGAUACAAGGGUUGUGAAAAUAGUAGAUGGUGAUAAACAUACACUGUUGAUAAGGAAAAUGCAGAGGAGUGAUUUUGGUAUCUACACCUGCAGAGCCAUUAACGAACUCGGGCAAGGCGAAAUAGUUAUACAAGUUUCAGGAGUGCCCAAUCCAGGAGUUUUCAAAAGAACCGAAGACAAAAACUUGAAUGCUAAGACUUCGUACACCCUAAUCUGGGAAGUUGACAGUUACACGUCGAUCAUCGAAUAUAACCUUUGGUUCAGACCAUACCGAACAACCAGGGGUACGAAUUCGCCCAAUUGGACAAAACUAACCAUUCCCACCGAACAUUCUUCAGGUUCGGUUUAUUCAAAGUCUUAUACCAUCAAAGGACUAAAAGAAAAGACAGUGUACGAGGCUUUGCUGGUUUCUAGAAAUAGAUAUGGCUGGUCAAAACCUUCGCCAAUUUUACGGUUUGCAACAGCUGGUGCAGAACUGAAUGAAGAGAUGAUAACCACAGUCCAAGUUAAUGUGCAGGAAAACAUUUUCACACUGGAAUCCAGUUCGUCGAGUGGAAAACAAACUUUUAUGCUAUAUAUUUUUGUAUUGUUGAACAUUAUACAAUUUACUGUUUGAAAAAUGACUUUUUGUCCAAAACUACCACAACAGAUAAUUUUAUCAUUAUGUUCACAAGCUCACAUAGGUAUAAAAAUAACAAGUUUUAUGGAUUGAAAUUCUGUUUCUUAAUCUCACAUACAAAACACAUACCUACUACGUGUAACUCAUUUAGAAACUAUUUGAGGCAUGUUCUAUUCUUGAUAUAAUUUGCAAUAUUAACAACCAAUAUUUAGAUUCUACUUUCAUUCUGAAACUGUUUUGCCAGCACCAUACUUGUAACUCUUUUAGUUAAUCAACAUAAACUCUAGGUUAGUCAGAAACUGAUAUAUCUAUAUAAGGAGAUUCAAGAUACACUAUAUAUCUGCAAUGAUAAACAUAGUUUUGAAUAUUUUCGUAUGACUGGUGUAAAAAUUAAUUAUCUGACUUAUCAGGGUGCCAUGCUCUUUUAAAAUUUUCAAAUGAAUCAAAGUAUGUUUUAAAUUACAUAUUUUUAACCUAGAAUAUAAUUUAUUCUUUUAGCACACUUCUGAAACUUGCCAGUUUCUUUAGAUUUCGAGAAAAACAUUUGAAAACGUAAAACCAUUUUCUAUAUAAAU